GGACGACAGCUGAUCCGACCAAGACCAAGCAUCGACAGCACGUGUUCGACUUGCCGUGUGCUCAGUGUGCGGGGCAGGCAGGGAAACUAAUCGCAUGAACCUGUGCGUGCUGUGAAGAUGAAGGAAUUAUUGUUUGCCCAGCGUCUUGCGGAUAACGAAAGAAAAAUAAGGGACAGAGCCCUCAAGAAACUGAAGAAGUACUUAAGUAUCAAGACGAGUGUUGGCCCAGCAUUAUCUCAAGAUGAAACUCUCAAGUUGUGGAAGGGCCUCUUCUAUUGCAUGUACAUGGCAGACAAGCCACUAUUUCAGGAGCAUGUGGCAGAAGAGAUUUGCAGUCUCAUCCAUUACAUCAACAACGAAGAGGACUGUAAAUCCUUCGUCAGAGCAGGGUUCCUCACGUUUGCUCGAGAAUGGAAUGGGAUUGAUGUUUUUCGGAUUGAGAAGUAUAUGAUGUUUGUUAGAAGAUUUCUACGUCACAUCUUCACUCACCUUAAAGCCAGUGAUUGGAACUUGAAGAAAGUAUUGGCUUACACUUACAUUCUUGAAAUGACAGUUGUAUGCCCUGAUGAUGAUGUCAACAAAACAUCCUUGGGACUGAAAACUCAUGUAUGUGAAAUCAUUUUAGAAGAAUUGGCAAAAAUUGGUGGAGAGAACCUGCAGCACCGUGUUAUCGUGGCUGUGAUUCAGCCAUACUUUAAGGUUCUUGCACUGACCAAGAUCAAGGCUUACAUCAAAUUUGUGCGUGAAGGAAUAAUCCACCACCUGAUCCGUCAAAGUUAUUCUGCAGAAGAAGAGGAAGCAGAGGAGGAAGAAAGUAUUACAGUUGAAAUCAACAAAACAGCUCCAGAAACUGGGGAUAAAGUCAUGGAUGACAUCAUGUGUGAAGAAAGGGAUGAAGCAGCGAUGGUGCUGGACCCCCGUGCUGGAAAGGUGGACGCCUACUUACCUCAAUUGAAGGUGGAUUUUAGUCUUUUAGCGGAUUCUCUUCAAAAAGUUGGAGCCGUUGCAAGGGUACAAGCAAAAAAUCGAGAAGUGAUUUACAGGCUUGUGUGUGAAUUGCGAGAUGCAGCCCAAGGACAGAAUCCCUUAUCGUUACCAAGUGAUCAUCUUGAUGAUAUUGAAGUUCCUGACUCUGAAGUAGAAGAGGCUGUGGAAAGACUAGAGAAAUUUGAAGAAGACCUGAAAGUUGGAAAAGUACUAAAACAUGAGGACAGCAAUGAUGAUGACCUAAAGGCUCUAAAGAAAGAAGUUAAACACAAAUAUAAAAAAAGUAAAUAUUUUGGCUUGAAGAAGAAGAAAAAUCAGAAGCCAAAGGGUUUGUCCAAGGCUGCAAAAAGAAAGGUGGAUAAACGUCAAAAGGAACUUGCACAGAAAAGAGCAAAAGCAGUCGAUCACAUGGUGAGGCAGGUGACUGCAGCCUCAGGUGUUCCCAGGAACAGUUUGUUGAGUCUGAGACAUGAGGAGCAAACCAGUAACACACAUGGCUUUGAAGUGUCUCUCAUCUCCCAAAAGAAAAAGAAAAGCACUGCAGCCAAGGCCUCUGUAAAUAGUUUCAUGGUAGAGGUUGCAUCUGAUUUUAAGAAAAAGAGAAAAAAUAUUGUAGAUACAAACAAAGCAAGCAAAAAACAGUGCUUUGAUGUUUCAUUUUUAGACUUAAAAUCUAAUGAAGUAUCUGAAACCAACUGUGCAGAGAAGAAUGGCAGUGUUCAUAUUGAGCAAGCUAAGAGAAAGAAUAACAGUGCAGUCAAAAAAGGUAACAAGAAAUCAGUUAAAAGUGAAGACAUGAUUAAAUCUCAGACAAAGGUUGAUAAAAGUAUGCAGAAAAAUGACACACAUAAAAUUGAGCAUCAAGUGCCAAUACAAAUGACGACAGACAUCAUGGUAGACAAGCCAAGUGUUCAGCCCAGUAGUGUUGAAGCAGCACAUGGAAGCAAAGCAGAAGUAAUUCAGGACAGUGUUUCAUCAAAGGGAAAUAGUGCCAUAAGGAUCCCUGAGGGUAUGAGCCAGAGAAGCCAGAAGCCCAGGCCUCCUAAAACAAAGUCUCCCUGGGAUGAACCUCUUCGUAAUGGAGAGUAUGAGAUUUUUGUUAAAAGCAGAAGGCAAAUAACCAAAAGCAAGAGGAAAAAAAUCAGUCCAAUUAAGCCUGGGGUCCAGCUACAACACUCAGAAGGUCCAGAUUCAGACCGUGGACCGCCAGUUUUAUAGUCCUGUUCUACCGUGAAGAAGAGGCUUAAUACAAUCAUUUUUGCCAAGAAGAAAAUGGCGAACGCUGCCUCACCCUCACCGACACGUCAUCUGUUUGUUUAUGUGUGUCUCUUGAGCAGCAGCAGCUGCUUCUGCUUGUAGUUCGAUAGUUAUGAUCAUUAUUAUUACCGGUUUCAUAUUUUUAAACCUGAUUUUUAUAGGAAGAAGCAUUCCUUAGUAAAUAAUUCACAUUGUAUGAUAUGUUUAAACUUAACCCCCGGAGUCAAAAUGGUAUGGAGGCAUUAUGAAGUUGCGUGGCAAAUCUCGAUGCGCGGACUCUGCCGCAAUAAUCAUACGCACAAACUAGAAGAGUGAGAAGAGAGGAAGAAAUAAAUCAUGUAAAGAACAUAGUGGAUAAAUAUAAGAAUGAACCAAAAUUGUUCAAUAAAUACCUUAAGGGGGUAUGCGACACCUGGGGGGGGGGGUUUGGUCAUAAUAUAGCAUUUUGCAAAACUGGGUUAAAAACGUUCGUAUACCAUCUAAAAAUAAUCCCCGAGCAAUGUUUUCCUCGUAGCAGAAAUUUUAAAUGUCUGGUGCGGGUUUAAAUGGACCGAAUCACAGGUUAAAUUUUGUCUUUUUUAAUCGCAGAAAAUCUAAAAUCAAUCAGAUUUAAGUGAAAAGUGUAGGGAAUGUUGAUUUUACAAGUAGCUAGGGACUUAUGAUUAGAUGUUGUUGAUAGGGUAAAGGAGAUAGGAGUAUUAAGAGGAAUAAGUGAAAAAAACACAAUUUUACGCGAUGUUCGACAAACAUAAUAAAAGAAAUACCAUUAUGCCUUUCUAUAUGGGAAACUUUCAGAAUAUUUUCCAUCGGGCUCUAGGUAGUGCUAUUUAGAUGAUGGACAAAAGUCUAGAGUGAUUUCCUUAGACUGGAAUAAUAAUAAUAAUAAUAAGCUCCUGUCCUGGUGCAAUCAAUGGGGGAUGAAAUUAAACCCGUUUAAAACCCAGAGUCUAAUUAUUAGUAGAUCUAGGACCCACCAGCCUGUUCAUCCUCCUAUUAUUAUUAAUGGUACACCUAUUAGAGAUUGCACUUUCUUAUAAUUGGUUGGUGUUACUUUUGACUCUAAAUUAACUUGAAAAACACAUCCGGCAGUUGGUGGCAUCAAUUUCCCAAAAAACAGGGUUGCUUCGUAAAUGCAAAAUGAUAUAUCAGGAUGGUUGAGUUAUUUUACAGAGUUUUUACUCAUUCAUCCUCCCUUCCUUUGAAUAUUGCUCCCCUGUAUGGCUUUUGGCUGCCAAUUCCCAUCUUCAUCUUUUGGAGAGGGUCUUCAAUAAUAUUAGAUUCCUACUACCCAAUCUUAAUCCGGUAGCAACGGGGAUCAUGUUUCUUAAUGGUCCCUCCAAGCAAGAAAAAUGAGAAAAAAUCACCCCUCACACGAACCAUUUCAUAAUAUAUAUCCAAGCAUUUGUGAUCAGAUUAUGUAUCAUCUAUUUUGGGGGGUUUAUAUCAUGGCACAAAUUUGGCCCAGCGCUGCUACAUGGUAAAGCCACAAAUUUGGCCCGUCGCUGCUACCGUGUUAAUAUUACAUUAGAGCAUCGCCGGUUGGUAGGAAGUUUGACAUUUCUAUAUAAAACUGUUAGUACUAAUGACCAUCCCCUUCAUAGUAAACUUCCCCCACCUUUUAACCCGGUAGCAACGAGGAUCAUGUUUCUUAAUGGUCCCUCCAAGCGAGAAAAUUUAGUAAAAAUCACCCCUUACACAAACCAUUUCAUAAUAUUUAUAUCAAAGCAUUUGUGAUCAGAUUAUGUAUCAUCUAUUUUUUGGGGUUUAUAUUAUGGCACGAAUUUGGCCCGUCGCUGCUACACGGUUAAGCCACAAAUUUGGCCCGUCGCUGUUACCGGGUUAACCAUGUUCGUGCUACUAGGUUCACAGAAUCCCUUAAUAGUAGAGCUUUUUCAUAUACAGUGGUACCUUGUGAUUCGAACAAUUCCCAACUCAAACACAAACAAACGGCUGCAGACAAAGCCACCAGUGUAGCCAGUUCAGUGAAUGUGAUACCGCGGACUCCUGCCUCAAAAAACGCCAACCCGCGACUGCCAUUUUUUCCCGCACACUCCCUUGAAAAAUAGCCCAAUUGCGCGGGAAAAACGUGGACCUGGCAACGCUGGAAGCCAUUCUUGUCAGUCACGCUUGCGCUUCCCUGCUUUGAACGCCACACUUUGUUGUUCUUGAUAUUUUUUGCAUAUUUUCAUGAAGCUAACCCUCAUUAUGGCUCCCAAGAAAGUGAAAAGUGACAGUGCAAGUGGUGGUAGGAAGCUUAAGCGUUAUAGUAUGGAAAUGAAAAAGGAAAUAAUACAAAACCAGAGAAACUACCAGCAUACCUUUCAUCAUCACUGUCAUCAUCAGCGCUCCAUAUCCAUCCGUUUUUCCUUUCUUCCUGAUACAAUUCGUCUUCUCUUCAGUGUAUUCCACCCCAAAUCAUCUUCCCUCCCACUCAUCUUACAACCAGGUUAAUAAUAGGAGAUGAGUGCCACAGUGAACAUCACCCAGGCCCUUUGUAAACACUACUCUAGGCCCCGUUGGAAACAGCGCUGAUCAGCUGAUCAGUGGGGAGCUUGCCAACCAUACGUCCUUUCUCCACGGUGCCCAACAAAAUGCAUUUACAUGUGUUGGCAAUAUUUAGUUGACAAUAUAUAUCUGGUUGACAAUAUUUGAGUGAUCUGGCCACAGGGCACAACAUAAACCCAUAAAAAUGUUAAAAAAAAUAUGAGGAUUUUGGGGCCUGGAACAGAUUAAUUUUUUUCUACAUUAAUUUCAAUGGGAUAAAUUGCUUCCUAAUUCGAACAGCCCAAAUGAACCAAUUAAGUUCUAAUCACAAGGUACCACUGUAUGCGAUGCAAUACUAAUCAGUUUUCAAGAUCAUUUAUCCCUGCCCUAACAGAGCGAGGUUGUUAAUUCCUGUUCAUCUAAUUUAUUCAAAAGUAGGGUUAAUUCUUUUCUUCUAAAACACCCUAUCUCAUUUCCAUAGCUAUGCUGGGCCCUCCUUAGAGACCCAAUCACGUUUGGGGUUAUAAUCAUUGUGACUCUUCUUUGGGGCUCCCUCAUAGUUCUGAUAAUAAUAAUAAUAAUAAUGUCUGCCUGUUGUCUAUAUAGCCGCACAGCACACGUGGUGACAGACUGCGAGGCACUGAGGCUGCCAGGUUGGCAGUGGGGUCCUGAAGGGGGGGGCGUAUUGUUACUGGUAUGAAAUGAGUAUCAGACAUUUACUACACCAAGUCCCAAAUUUAGAAGGGAUUUCCAUUCCCAAACAUUUGCUUGUAGUAAAGCAGAAAUAUGUUAAUGUAAGCGAAUUUUCCCAUUUAAUUUCUCUAUAGAGAUUGAGAUGCGUUCCUCUGCGCUCCCAAAAAGUCCACCCAUUUCAAAAUCCAAGACUCAAAAUAAUAGAAGAGAAUACCUGAACAACUUAAGAGUCAUAUAAACGUGUUAAAAUUGGAAAGUCAUUAACUAAUAAAUUAAUAGCGUAUGUACUUAUAUGAUACUAGUGCUUCAAAUUUUGGUGUGGGGGGGGAGGCCCUACUCGCAGCUGGCCAAACUUUGCUCACAAGGUCUCUGAUUGGUCUGUGAGCCAGCUCGUCUGUGAUUUGUCUGUUGCUUUAAUCCCCCCUUGAACUUAACUUGAAAGUCAGGAGUCGCCCAGUCACCAACACUUACAAACACUUUGCUAUUUUCUAUUACAUUUACAUCCUGGACUGAUGCAUAAGACUUUCUUGUGGUGGAAAUAAGUUCUUCACUUGAAUGGGAACCACAUGGAGGAAAAUAUUUCAUCAGGUGGCCUAAGAGACUACUGAAACCGGAGGAUGGGACAGCAGAUAAAGGGAGGAGGAAGAGAUGGCUAGCAGAUGUUAUUGCAGUUACCAGGUGCAGUUGGUUCAAAAACUAUUCUUGGUCAGUCCCAGUGGAUUUCUGACCCUCUGACUACUGUACAUAAGAAAGAUGUUCAAGCUGCCGGUUCGGAGUCUUGGGAUGGUUGCUCUUGAGGUGCUAUCUAGUCUUUUUUUUAUUUUUAAAUAUCAAUAUAUGCCCCAUGCAUGCCCUCAACCUAACUUGAUACAGCAACAGUCACUUAACACAGUAGCAGCGGGGAUCAUGUUUCUUAAUGGUCCCUCUAAGCGAGAAAAAUGAGAAAAAAUCACCCCUCACAUGAACCAUUUCAUAAUAUAUAUCAAAGCAUUUGUGAUCAGAUUAUGUAUCAUCUAUUUUGGGGGUUUAUAUCAUGGCACAAAUUUGGCCCGUCACUGCUACACGGUAAAGCCGCAAAUUUGGCCUGUCAAUGCUACCGGGUUAACCCCUUCCCGGCGGCAGGGCAGAUGUAUGUACUACCAAAAAAAUAAUUGUCUGUAUAGACGCUGUUGAUUUUCAUCCAUAUGUGUAUAUAGAGAUUCCCCGCAAGUGGGCAUUCCAGAUUGACGUCUCUAUAUAGACUCUGCCGCAAAACUGAACAAACAUUUUAAUCUAUAUAUAGAUGUUAUUUAAGUUAGAUUGGUUAUAUGUAUAUUCAUAUAUUUAUAUGAAGGUUUAGAGUGUAAUCACUGACAGUAGAUGAGUCAGGAUCAUCAAAAUCAUCCAAAAAAUCAACAACUAUAUCCUCAGCUACCAAAGAAGUCAUUUCUUCCGGCUUAAGAGGUCUCUUUCUCCUUGACAUGGUAGACUAUAAUAAUAAAAGAAAAUGGAAGAAAAAAUGCAAAAAUUCCCGGUUUUUGCUGAUGUGCGUUGUACAUCCGCCACCGACAAAGCACAAGCGGUGACUGUCCUUGAGAGGCGAUGUCGGUAAGUGUCAGGGGGUUUGAGAUGCCAAAUAACGAUUUAUUUUCUUAAUUUUGUUAGUAGUAAGGAAUCGUCUAUAUAUAGACCAUGCUACAAUCUAAUGUGGGCAAAUGAGAGCAAAUGUCUAUACAUAGAUGCGCCAACAAAAAGUCCCAAUUUCGUAACGUCUAUAUAUAGAUCCUCCGCCGGGAAGGGGUUAAUAGUAUUUAAUGUGAAUCAAAUAUACUUCUAACCUCAACUUACAAAACUUUUGAGGCAAGGCAAUAUAAUUGGAGGAUGUUUGGUGUAAGUACUCUUGCAUCUAUAUUAGAUUUAAGUGUGCUACACCAUUAUAAAGUACUUCAGUUUAUUUAAUAUCAUAUAACAUUCUGUUGCCACACUUAUGUAGAUUGUAGAGGUCUUGAAAUGUACACCACUGAGUGCUGGGAAUUAAGUCCAGGUCUUCAGAAUAGAAGGCAGGGCAGCAAACCAACUGAGCCACUGAUGAGCUAAAAGGUCUAUGUGCCAUCUGCCACUUCUUCCACACUUAACCUGACACCCCAGCCCCACACUGUGGACAUGAAUGAAAGGUGACCCCACUCACAGUCGUGGUUGCUGACAAAGCAACCCAUGUUCUGCCAGCGAACACAACUUAUUUUCAAGUUAUGUAAGAAAACAUCAAUUCACAAAAGGUACAUUUCUUCUAACUCCUGAAACUAAUGUUGAUAGAUCCUGCCAGGAGGUACUCAGGGUGGGAAGGGGGCCUGCAUGGAGAUUUGACUGGAGGGACUUGGUGUCAUAGAUUGGGCGAGGCGACACCCCCCUGGCGUAUGCCCCCAUUGAUUGAUUGAUAGAUAAUAACAUAUUCAUUGAAACCCUAUUGUAUGAUACUAUCAUACACAUAUAUCUUACUACAAUAUAGAUUAAUUUGAAAUGUGUUCUUAGAUCACCAUAAAUGCUUUCAGGAAUAUAAUCAAUUUCCAUCCUAAAGAUAAUACUUUCAUGAGAUAAGGUGAUAUAUUGUAGUGUACAAUAUAAUCUGUCAUUCUGUAUGUGUAGCAUAACUUUAAUGGGCACCCAUGCCCAGACCAGAUGCAGGAUAUCUCACAUAUUACACAGUAGUAGUAAUGCACAACAAAGACUGAAACAAUCAGGCACAUGACAUGAUUAGCUGGGUAUGAACAGAGAAGUGAUGCAGUAGAUGAAAACAGCAUAAUGCCCAGGUGCAAUCUUAGGCAUGCUUUGAGCUCUGUACUGAAAUUUGAAAGUAGUUUACUAAUAAUUGUCAAUAUAUUGACUACUAUUGUUUAUUGAGGGCAAUGAAUUCCAUUUGGUCACUAUAUAUAUAUAU